CAUAUCACUGAACGUCUCGGUUUAUAUUCUCAAUAACAGACCUAUGGAAAAAUAUUAUUGUUAGUAAUGUUCUUUCCUCUGCAGUCGGGAACGGUAAAACCAGCUAGAGCUUUAUUUCCCCUUUCCUUCUCUCUCUCUUUCUCCCCCCCCUUCCUCCUCGAUUCUCUCUCUCUCUCCCUCCAUCCCCGUCGUCUGUGUCUGUCUCUCCCUCUCUUCCUCCGAGAGCGCACGGCGUUUUGUCGGUGGAUGAAAAACAGCCUUUCAUGAGACGCGGCGGAUCAUACGUGUGCCAAGGAGCAGCUCCCGUGCGAGGGUUACACGCCCGGUCACAUUCAGCCCAGUCUGUCUUUGAGGGUGGAGCUCUGAAGUACCACGUGGAGAACAGCACCCUCUACUGGCCUUGGGUCAUCUCCUCCAUCUGGAUCCUGGAACAGCCCACCUAUAGGGCCCCGGCGCUAAGUCCCCGAGUCCCAGCUGAGGGAGUGUGAGGAGGCUGGCGGAGGGGAACUGGGCACGCCCGGGGGAGGAGCCUCGCUACUGUGACCUGCCAGGUCCGACUGAAGCCGGUGGAUGUUGAUCAGACUUUGCUGGGGGAGCGGAGAAGAAGACUGAGGCGAGGCCAUGAGUAAAUUCUGUCACGUCCAGUACCGUAGCCCAACACGGAAGACCUGAAAUGGGGACUGUGCACUCCCCAAUGCCGAUGCCACAGCUGUGACUGUCUUCAGGAAACCUGUUUCUCCACAAGUGUCUCGUCAGCCUAUACUGCUUAUCCUCACCUGUGGCCCCCUGGAGGUGAAGCACUGCCCAGCACCCUCUGCUCUCUUCCUACGUCUUUCGAGAAUCCUGCUAUCCACCUUAUUUUGUACUCAUUAUGGCUAACUGGCUUCACUUCCCCUCACUUACAAGCCCUACCAUUCUGGUCCUCUUCCUUCUUCCCUUUAUGCUCCUUCUCCACCUGCUGACGCCAGUGCGGGCCGACUGCUGGCUCAUCGAGGGGGACAAGGGUUACGUGUGGCUGGCCAUCUGUAGCCAGAACCAGCCCCCCUACGAGACCAUCCCCCAGCACAUAAACAGCACGGUGCACGACCUGCGCCUCAAUGAGAACAAGCUGAAGGCCGUCUUCUUCUCGUCGCUGAGCCGCUUCACCAACCUGACGGACCUCAACCUCACCAAGAAUGAGAUCUCCUACAUUGAGGAUGGGGCUUUCGCUGGCCAAGCCAACCUACAGGUGUUGCAGUUAGGCUACAACAAGUUGACUAACCUGACGGAGGGCAUGCUUCGCGGUCUGGGCCGCAUGCAGUGCCUCUUUGUCCAGCACAACCUGAUCGAGAUGAUAGCCUACAACGCCUUCUGGGAGUGUCCUAGCCUCAGCAGCCUUGACCUGUCCUCCAACAAGCUGGCCCGCCUAGACCCUUCCACCUUCACCAGCCUCACCCGACUGUCAGUGUGCGAGCUGGCGGGGAACCCCUUUCACUGUGGCUGUGAGCUGUACAGCUUCCUCACCUGGCUGGAGGCCUUUAACAAUGUCACCCACACAUACGACCGGCUGCAGUGCGAGACGCCACGUGAAUUUGCCGGCUUUCCCCUGCUUAGUCCCGUCACAGGCCACAGCCGCAACGCCCGAGCUAUCCUGUCCUCUAUGUGUCGGGACGGGAUGAUAAUUCCUGGCAUCACCUCGCUACCACCUGACUCAGAUGCCUCAGGCCUGGGCCCAGACAUAUCCGACCGCAUGGGGCUCUACCAUCAGCCCACUACAUCCUCCACCACCGAUCCCACGUACAGUCCCAGCAUCAAGCUGCAGCAUGUGUCCUUGUCUUCAGCCUCCCUGCUGGUACAAAUCCCCAGGCCCUACAGCAAGAUGUACAUCUUGGUACAGUAUAACCACACCUAUGUGUCUGACAUAAUGAACCUCAAAAACAAGAAGGAGAUCAUCACCUUGAACAAUCUCAAACCACACACUAACUACACCUUCUGCGUGGCCUCCAUCCGCAACUCUCAGCGUUACAACCACACGUGCCUCCAUUUCGCCACGCGCAUGCAGAAUCCCGACGACAUGCGGCCCAGCACUUCCACCACUACGCAUUACAUUAUGACCAUCCUGGGUUGCCUCUUCGGGAUGCUUAUCGUGCUGGGGGUGGUCUACUACUGCCUGCGCAAGCGACGGAUGCAGGAGGAGAAGCAGAAGUCCAUUAGCGUUAAGAAAACCAUCCUGGAGAUGCGGUACGGGCCUGAGGCUGCUGCCGCGGCUGCCAAUGACCUCUCCGUUGUUCAGAAAUUCCAUGACCAGGCGCAUCACCAGCACCACCAAAGUAAGCUCCCCCCCUCUUCCUCUACCAGCUCCGGGAUGAUGCAGGGCUCAGCUAACACUAGCUCUUCCCGUCUCUCGUCUAUCCCACAAGAGGGGAAGAUGUCCACCACCUUCUCAGAAGUAAUGGCAGCCAACAAGGGCAACUACAUGGAUGUGAGGACCUCUGCAGCCGGGGAGGACCGAAUUAGAGAUGGCAGCAUGUCCAGGGUUGCCGAUGAGAAACUAAGGGAGGGCAACGGAACAGACUUGAUUGAAGAUUCUGACGAUGACGGCCGGGGCUCUGUCUCCGAGAUUUCUACCAUUGCUAAGGAGGUGGACAAGGUGAACCAGAUCAUAAACAAUUGCAUUGAUGCACUUAAGCUGGACUCUGCUUCUGUGGCCGCUGCAGCCGCUGCUGUCACCACUGCAAUGGACAACCCCACCUCUCCUUCAUCGGCUUGCAUCCCAUCCUUAGCUAGGGGACACAUUCCCCUGGCUUCCGGGAUCACCGAGGGAUGCCAGGUCCUCGCAUCUCCAAAAAUCCCUCCUCCUCCCCCACUCCCCCUUGUCCUGCCACUGUCGGAGCGGCCGGGGAUUAGCGGUGGGGGGUUUCUUUCACCCCCCUACCGGGAACCUCCGCCGGCUACCGCUGCCCGGCCACUCCAGAGACAGCUGAGCGCAGAUGCAGCUGUGGUGGUCAUAGGCCCUGUCAAGAACCGCUGCAGCACCUCCUCCUCCUCAUCCUCCUCCUCCAGUGGGCCAGCUAAAAACACCCGUGUAUUCAGCUUAGAAGUUCCGGAGCCUCGUAGCCCAGACUCCUGCAAGUACUCAGAGAAGGGCAGCCCCGUGGAUUGUGGGGAGCCUCUGGAAAGGAUGCCUUUGAUGGGGAGCCAAGGAGGCGGUGCCAAUGGCGGCGGAGGCACCAAUGGGGGCAGCAGUGCUGGCAGUGCAGGCAGUGGGGGGGCUGCCACAGGAGGCCAACACCACCUGGAAGUGCAUCCGGACUACCACUGCUCCGAGCACCGGCACUCAUUCCCGGCUCUGUAUUACGAGGGACCCGCUGAUUCCCCCACUCAGAAGGCCUCGUUCCUCAAGCCCCUCACCCGCAGCAAGAGGGACGCCGCUUACUCCCAGCUCUCCCCCCGCCAUCGCAACUACUCUGGAUAUUCCUCUAGCCCUGAGUACUCCUCUGAGAGCACGCUCAGGAUCUGGGAGCGCUUCCGCCCCUACAAGAAGAGUGCCCGGGAAGAGGCUUCCUAUGUCGCUGCCGGCCACGCUCUCCGGAAGAAGGUACAGUUCGCCAAGGACGAGGAUCUGCAUGACAUCCUUGACUACUGGAAGGGUGUCUCGGCGCAGCAAAAGCUGUGAGUGGGGGGGGGGCGGGGGGGGAGACACAGCAGGAGGGGAACUCUCUGGAGAGCAGAGUCCUCUGUUGCCUGACAUUUUGAUCCUCGACAGAGCCUUACAAUCCACCGUAGGGAUGUGGGGGGGGAGGAGUGGUGGACCCUUAGUUUAAAAAUACACCUAAAGUCAAGCAGGUUUUCCAAGUCUCUCUUAAAUAUUAAUCACAGGACAGAACAAUGCGAUCCAAGUCAAUAUGUCAAGGAGGCAACUGUUUAUGUCAAAUUUUUAAAGCCGGUACUUUUCUGUUAAUUACCACGGCUUCCUCUGUAUUGGUAGGAGAAAUAUUUAAUAAACCAAAACUGGGGAAAUUAGACGUGAUACCGAAACAAAAAAUGCUUGAGUUGACACACUGAGGUGGGGAUGGACAGUUAAAUUGUGUCUUUUGUUAAUUCAUUAUCGAAGAACAGAUAAGGGUUUAGUCACCCAGCGGCGAGGUGGCCACGUGCUCCGAGAGGCCGCUAAGCCGCCGUGUGGCGCUGUGUUCAUGCACCUGCAUGAGCACCGCGCAGCAUGUAGGGCACCGCGCAGAUUUCCAGAUCAGCGACGAGCACGUCCUUCACAUUCGGCGCAAUGUCAGGAGCUGAACCAAACUUUCUGCAGUGCCACCUGCAUCCAUGCUAACCCCCCUACCCCCGAGUGUCGCGGUACGGCUUGGCGUCAUUGGCGUCCUGCUAGCGACCGUUGCCGAGAAGCACCUUGAGGGGGUUUCAUGAUGGCAGCGUAAACAUUCAGCAGGAGAUCCACAUCCGCGGUCUCACUUCGGGCUGGCAGGGAAAAUGGCCCUGGUGUUCCGCUCAGACAACUGAGUGCAGCGGGUAAUUGUAUCCACCGAAAAAGGUAACCUUUGAGAGGGCACUGUAUUUUAAAAAGAAAUUAUUAAUAAACAAGACAAUAAUGUGACAAUGCAGCCCGAACAAACAGAAAAUUACCUUCACCAGUCAUGCAAAUAACUGCUUUCAAUCGUACUGUGCAGACCUUUCAGCCCAGUGCUAACACUCUUACAUGGGGGGGGGGGGGGGGGUCGGGAGGUAAAGGCUAAAUAAGUACCGCCAUUUAUGGUAACAUCACUAAAGCUACUGGGGUGCUUUAUUUUACAUCACUGUCACCGACCCCCCCCCCCCAAGGGUAGUGCCCAUUUGCUCAUCCUGAAAGAACAGCACGUUAACCCCCCUCCCCUGUAGCCCUGCCCAUCUCCAUGCGCUUGAAAGGUCACUGAGGUCGAAGUGGCGUGCAUCCGGUCUGUUCUGUGCAGCACGCACUGCCUCGUGCCGUGUUUGGGCUGCCAGGCUCUGCCCCCCCAAUACGCAUUAGAAACGUGGACAAAGACAUCAGAGGAGCAGCUGGGAUUCAUCGUCCGCCUCCCUGUGACUGGAAGGGCAAAUGACAGGACGGGACGGGACAGGGCAGGACAGGACAGGAUGACAAGACAGGACGACAGGACAGGACAGGGCGACAGGACAGGACAAGAUGACAGGACAGGACAACGGGACAGGACAGGAUGACAGGACAGGAUGACAGGACAGGACAGGGCGACAGGACAGGACAGGACGACAGGACAGGACAGGGCGACAGGACAGGACAUGGCGACAGGACAAGAUGACAGGACAGGACAACGGGACAGGACAGGAUGACAGGACAGGAUAGGGCGACAGGACAGGGCAGGACAGGGCGACAGGACAGGGCGACAGGACAGGGCGACAGGAUAGGACGACAGGACAGGACAGGUGCAGGGCCUCACAGAGCCCUCGCCUAAGGCAUGGAAAGAUUUUCCUGGAUGGGCUUCCACAUCACUCCGUAACUUUCGUGUGUAGAUGCAUUUUUAUCCACAGUGUCUUAACUUACUUGUAAACAGGACUGAACUUCUUGCCGCUGUAGAUGUGAAUUGAAACUAGUACAUCACACGUUUGUACACCAGUAGGGAGGCCCCUUGGGAGAGAGUCGGUGUGCACCUCUUGGCUUAGCUACCGUAUGCCUGUUACCUGUGACUCUCUCACCUAAAUCUGCUUUCCCUCCUUUACGUGGCCUAGUUUUGUUGACUAAUAUAAUGCAGAGUGAAUCCUAAAGAGAGAGACACAUUUAAUUAAUUCAUACAUCUUUUUUUAGAUUGCCGCAUCAUUCAUGUCCAGUUUAAUUAGACAAAUUAAUUAGCAAUCAGCCAAAAAGGUGUCACAGGGCGACUGAGGGAAUUAUAAGUGCUGUCAGGCUGGUUUGAUUUGAUUAAAAGGAAUUUGCUUCUUCGCUAGUCGACACCAUUAGCCUGUUUCCACCUUUGGCUUUCGGCCUAAGGUCAGCACCCUCCAUUGGUGAUUACUACGUUGAAUAUGGAGACAAACUCCCCCUUCUGGUAACCGAGGAGGACACUGUGACAACGGCAGCUCCUGCAGUUCAAGUUGCCACCUGCCAGUGGUCUUGGGUACAGCUAAUGUGAAGUUCUCCUUCAGAUUUAACACCUGUGUUAAUAUAGAAAAGGGAAUUCCCUGAGAUGGAGAUAUACAUCAGAUAUAAGGACAAGUAGACUGGAGUGGGAUCGCUUUUAUAAGUGGCUGCAUGUCUUGUUUUGUAGUUGUCAACUUAAGCUUAAAGUUUAGACUCCAGUUUGACUUUAUCUCACCCAUUUUGGCCAGUUAUAAAAUCAACGCAUUUAGAUGCAUGACACGUGGUACGAAGAAAGGGGAAGCAACAUGUCACCGUGACCCAGGGGCGCGGAUGGAUUUCGUUUUCCAUUGUCUAAGUCUGAUUUUAAUCUCUUGUUAUAAAAUGGAACCAAACUAACAACUAAUAAACACUUAUGUCAGUGUUCAUUCAGCCUGCAUGCGCUCAGCUGGCUCAGCUCGGUACCGAAAGCCCAUCUGCUUUCUGUCGGCAUCUAACGAAAUGCUGCCGGUCAGAUUUCCGUGUCUGCAGGGAAAAAAACGUCACUCGAAUUAUUUUGCGCUCUAAUUUGCACUCAUUCUUAAUCUAUAAUGGGAAGCUUAGUAAAUGUCGACAUUACCUGUAUGUUAAAUUAACGUGCAUUGCAUGCAGACACGAUUUAAAUGUUUCUUAGAGAUGUAGCGCAAUCAGACGUGACAUUGUUUACGCAGAGCCUGAUAAAAUCAUCGGUGCAUAGAUUCAGGCAUUGCAGCUGGGAUGACGUUCACUUCCGAUCCGGUCUAGUCCGGCGGCGGCGUAGCAUUCGCUUUCAAGCCAUGCAAACUGAAUGAACGCUGUAUUCUGCCGGAGAGACUUCCUACUGCUGCCCCCUCCCAUCACAGAAACACCCCCCACAGAGGAACUGCUACCGGAGGUUAACUGUGACAGUCUCAGCGUAGACUAAGUAAAUAAGAUCUCGUUUUAAAAUGAUCAGACAGAAAAUGUGAAGACACACGGACGCGCCUAAUCACUUGAGAAGGCUAAGACUGAAUUUCCUAUCUACGUUUACAGAAAUAAAUAAUCUUUUUAAAAGUACCCCCCCCCAAAAAAAAAAAAACAAAAACAAGCUAUUGUGGUGACAAAGGACAAGGACCUAAACAUCUGUGAAAACAAACACGUGCCAAACACCCCCAUCAGUGCUACCAGCGUAUGUGUUUAUAGAUUUAACGGCAAGUUGUUUUGGUAUAUUUUAUCCCACUAAUGUAAACGGAACUGACAUUUUGACACUGAAAUUGAACGUUUUGUUUCCUUUAUUUUGGUUUUCACGUGUCCAGAGCUGUCUUUAUGCCCAUUUCAUCAGCAUUCUGUGGAUGCAUGUAUAGGAUAUGGACUGUGAAAUCGUUUCAGUGGCUCUCCUGAUUAGGUCCUCUGUGUUUCCGUUUAGAGGCAGGGUGACAGAAUUCAGGACUGGGAAUGUGGUCACAUCUGUUUACAAAGUUUAAACAUCUUUCAUCUCAGAUUUUUCUUGUGCUUGACCAUGUGCACAGCUUGUCAGGGAUGCACAUAAAAAGAGGGAUAAAAGUAAAAGAAGGUGAGAAUGUUUUCAACCAGAACAAUAAAACAGUAAAAGUUGCAAUUCUGGUUCUGGUAAAACUCACUAUCAGGGGUCCUAUAGACCACCACUGUGGCUCAAGCAUAAGUUUUGACUAAUUAAGGUUUUUGUUGUAUCAUACAGUAUGUGCAGUUAGACCCUCUGUGGAAGGUGGUUCCACAUUACCCUAAUACAUAGCUUUAGCUGAUCGUCUUCAGCGGGCUUGAGUGUUCCUGGAUACCUUUCUCUGCAUUUCGAGGGAAGAUGAUCUUUUCUAUGAUACAAGUAGGCCUUCAUGCAGAAGAAGCGCAUCAGUGUGUUCCGGUGCCAUUAGCUUGAUAUAAAGGCUCCAUUUGAAAGCAGACUGGCCCAGGUACGUCAUGAAAGCCCGACUGCCAGUUAAUGGCGUCAGACGCAUCUUUGCAGUUUUACGCAAAACUGAGACGUCGCGGUGGUCUGCAGCCCCUGAGAUUCACAAGGACAACGACGAGACCCAGAUGUACGUUUCCUCCCAUGUAUCAUCGCCGUUAAAUGGGACACAACCCCCGCUUGUUUGUCAGGAAGCAAUGCCCCACCGCUUGUUGGGUUGAGGAUUUAUUCCUCCGAACAGUGGCUGUCUUGGGUCGCAUGCAUUAUGCAUCGCUGCUCACUGCUCUUUACUGAGGAGGACACUGCAAAGCUUCCGGCAGUCUUGCCAUCGACGUGCGAUGACUACUGCAGCAGACAUCUUUUCGUAUUUCCCCGGUUUAUUGGACACUGGCAUCCUUCCGCACUGCAUUCUGAGCCAUUUUUCAGUCAUGUUGACAAUGUUAAACAUACGGGUGGCCAACAGUGGGGGUGGGGGGGGAGAGGCUGGUGGCUGUAUUUGUGCUCUUGGCCUCAUUGUAAUCCCUAUGGCACUGCGAGGGCGACAAGUAGCGGCACAAGCUAUGGCCUAGUGUUGAUUUGCUAGCUUCCUCCCUCCCAUGAUCCUCUGGGACCCCAUGACAACGGGUCGUCUGAGAACAUAGAUAGUCCAUGCGACAGCACCUGCUGGACUGUACUGUAUGUACUGUACAAUGAUAUAUCUACCCUUAGCAGUUUAGUGCGGGAGAGCCGCAUUUAGCUAAAGUUUGUCGUCAUGCUAAUUGUCGUGACUGGUCGUUGUUUUCCAGCUGCUGACACAACAUUGUGCGACGCUUCAGUGAGGCAUGAACGAAUCGUCCAAAGCAGACGAGGCCUCAGGCAUGUUUCUACAGCCUCCAAGUGACCCUAGAUGUUUGUAGCUUUCAGCUCUGCUACAGUCAUUUUCCCAUUGGGUUUAAAUUAACCGCUUUUAAAUGCUUCUAACCAUAGUGGGAACUUGCCACCAGCACACAGCUUGGCCAAUGUAAGAACACAUUUAAAUAGAAUCACUCUGACAAUAACUCUCGACGGAUUAUUUAGCUGUUCAAGAGGAAAGUCAUUUCUUGCUUGUCAGACAGAGCAAAUGGACUGUCAGAAUGAAAUUAAAAGGGGUGUAUUGCAUUUGUUUAUUAUAGAAUUGAGGUCAGAAGUAUUAUGGGGUGUCAAGGCAUUGACCACCAUGUGAUCAGUCAUUUUAAUUUCGCUCACUUGUAUAUGAAAUAGCCCAUAAUUUGUGUAACCAUAACUGUGAACAAGGGGGAGGUUUUCGAACCUCAUCUUGUCCUCUGGAAGGGCAGCAGGUUUGUGGUGCGAUGAUGGAAAGUCGUGUAGUUACAGGAGGUCUUGGCUAAGGUCACAAGCCAUAAAACACUGGCCCAUUUGGGCACAAAUCUGUUGGGUCAAGAUCUUCAACAGCUGACCGAAUUGCACUCAGGGUUCCCAAUUGAAUUUUAUGAUGUUGGCCCUGUUUACAAAUUGCAAUCCAUUGAAGGUAUCUCCAUGGAGCCAGUUGUGAUGCGUAUAUCGUAUAAUUACAUUCCAUUAAUUAUAUUUUAAUUAUACAGCAGACGGUCAACACCAGAGUGACUCCCCCCGAUUGUAAAUUUGUAUAUUUUAUCGACUGAAGUAUCCGAGGUGGUGAUUGAAACUUUCGGUGGAUAUUUACUGCGGCAAUUAAGGUGAGGAACCUUUCCAGGGGAUUCUGCAGAUGAGCAUCACCUGGUCUACAGUACAAAGUGCUCAGCAGGGCCCUGCCUCCUUUGUGGUGCUGUUUGCGUAACAGCAGCGUGGUGAGAUUCAAAACGCCGAGAUGUAGCAGGGAGGGUUAAUGACAAGUUGACUUCCAUCCAUCCAUCUUGAUUCCCGUAUUUGACAAGAAUCACUUUGUGUUUGAAAAUUCAGUGUUCGUUCUAAGCUUUGAACACCCUUAUUAUAUAAAAAAAUAAAAACAUUUAGCUCUGAGUUCUUUACAUCAAUGUUUCCCAACCCGGUUCUCAGGGACCCCCAGAUGGUCCAUGUUUUAGUUCCUACCCAGCUCACUGUCAGACAGCCCACAUUUUUGCUCCCUCAUGGGAGGAAGCAAAAACAUGGACUGUCUGGAGGGUCCCUGAGGACUGGGUUGGGAAAUGCUACUUUGCCUGGACCAAAAACUGAUUCUCCUGCCAAAUUGAUUUCCUGCGUGCACAUUAUGUAAGAAUAAGCUUGUAUUUAUUCUCUACGUUACAUAUCAUUGUCAUCACUGAUGGAUUUAUAUAUGCCCUCCAUGGAGAAGGUAAAGAGAGAGUGAGAGCGGGGAGAGCAAUAGCUUGUGGAAGGAGGUGAGAUAGGAUGGGGGGAGUGAGGAAGCGGAGCAGUGGAAAUGCACUGAUGCUCCGUCAAAACAUGUCGUGCAAAAUGAGGCUUGGAGACGUGCGCGGAGAUGAGUACAGUAAGACGCAGGAGGAAAGAGAUCGCUUCAGCAGGGGAGCCGGGGGAGGACGUGACGGCCGUGAGGCACCGGAAUCGGCUUCUCUGUGCCGAUUUACGGAUUGCGGUGGAAAGCGAGGAUCUUUUAUCUCUCACCGCGGCGGCGCUGAGGUGUCAGCGGCUCCCGGGAGGCCUGGGAGAGUUUGCCCGCCGCGUGUUUGCCGCUGUUUGCCGGGUGAAAGUGCCGGCCUUGCUGUGGAGUGCAUGCACGCGCGCGCGUAUGUGUGUGUGUGUGUGUGUGUGUGUGUGUGUGUGUGUGUGUGUGCGCACCAUUCUCCUUUGUGAGUACCCUGCAGUGGAGAUGAGCUUCAGUUGGCUAUUUGGCGCCGAGAGCAGUCCAAUAGGGAACCAACAUGGCUUCCGGGCAUGAAUGAGGCCACGCAUGCAGGAGAAAUCCUGCGCAUGUAUAGACACGGGUUGGAUGGGAUGGCAUGCAGGCCGCUAAGCAGGGAAGGGAACACACCACAGCAGAAUGGCGUCUCAGCUAUUGAUUACAUGGGUUAAGGUUAGUGCAGUGAUCAGCGUUGUGCGAGUUGAACUUCGUGACCUAUUGGCGGGAAAGAAAUGUGAAAGUAAAGCCAUUGCAGUAUGUGUUGCUGUUUAAAGCGAAGGACACGACGACUGCAAAGUCAUGGGAACGGACUAAUCUGGGAGCAUGGAUUUGCAUACGGAGGCCGCAAAUCCUGCCCGCUUACUUUCACGCGGCUCAUGCAUCAGGCACGUCUCAAUUACCCGCCGACAAUGGGCUCGUAAUUUCAGUCCAUUUCCGAUAUUAUUCCGUUGAUGGGCGAUGGCAUUUCAGCAUUGUCCGAAGCGUAUCGUGCUUCAGCCGAUCCCGGAGCAAUCAGGAGUAAUCCCUCUCUUACAAUCGGAGACGGCUCCUUAACUCGCAGGCGGAGUUGGUUAUUAUCGCGGUCGUCUCUGGUCCCCGGCUCAGCUUUCCGUAAUGGCUGGUUAAUAUCAAGAAGGCUUCACAUAUCAAUUAAUGAGGUUUUAUCAUCCUCGGGUGUUGAAGUGUGUACAUUGGGGGGAGGCAAUAUUGGAUGAGUGCUUGCAUUGUUUAUCGUGUCUGAUGGAGGAACAACGGACUGGUGUCUCGGCAGUGCAGAUGAGGAGCUGGCAGGAAGGUGCCACAACAAGGUCAGUACUUAUGAGAGGAGUCCAGAAUUUUGGAGGAAAAUGGGGCCCCACUGAAAAUUCCAGAAACUUGGAUGAGAGAAUAUAAUUAAAAGAGAUUUUAUUUUAAUCUAAAAUUUAACGGACAAUAUGAUACGAUAGAAGUAUUUACAGUUUUUUUUUGUCAUAGUCACAGUUUUUAUCAAAGUUCAUACUCCAGGUUUAUCAAUCAUUCUAUGGCCCUAUUGGCCCAAACAAGUAAUUCUAGAGCCCUUGUGUCGUAUUAGCAUGUGUGCUAUGCUGUAGCGAUGUCGUAUACCUUAUAAGGAGCGAUCGUCAUGUCUGACGGUCACAGAGGCAGUAGCCUUCUGGGGGACACCGGGGACGUGUGAGCAGGAGAGCCCUGAAGGCCGUUAGCUACAUGUGGCAAAAACGCGGUGAUGGAGGAAGGUAAACAUGAGGUGCAGUGGAGGUCCGUCUCAUCUCACCACAAUGCGGUUUCCGAUUCCAAACACGGGGGACACAGUACAACCAAUGGCGAGAUAUCUGUGAGUUUUGUAUACUUACAAAAAAGGAACAUUUGACUGUUUUUCUAACUGAACUUGU